AUGCGACGGAAAGGGCUUGUGGUGGAGAGAGUGAGGAAGAGCAAGGAAGAGCAUGGAAGCAGGUCGAGGAAGCGUAUAGCGUACUCGGGGAGCAGGGAGACCAGAGAGGAGAAUACGCCACCGAGAAUUUCAUCACGUACACGAAAGGAUAAAUCUUCGCCAGGACAUCCACAUAGGUACGCAGCGAAUACAAAAUCUGAGCGGCUGAGGGAUCGGAGACGUUGUGACUUUGAAUUUGAUCUCAGGGCAUUGGAAGCUAGGCAGAGGUGGCAGGCGCUAGAGGUUGAGAUCAUGAAUGCUCAGAAGAUGAUUGCUAGACUUGACGGUGAGGUUGAGGAUGAAGGGAUUUGGGAGACUGGCAACGCGGAAGUCUCACACGAUUGGAACAAAACAUAUGGCCGUGGGCAGGUUGUGGGGUAAUAGGCGAAAUGGGUGCUGCAGUUACAUGACGCGGUAAUAUCUGAUUAUGUGAAUAAUAGGCCAUCGAGCAGC